GACCAACCCUGAAACCUCCCACUCUCAGCUGCAGCUCCCGUGCUCACCCUCCAGCAUGAAGGGCUCUGCUGUCCUGCUGUGCCUGAUGCUCACAGCAGCCACCUUCAGCGCCCAGGUGCUCGCUCAGCCGGAUUCUGUGUCCAUCCCGAUUACCUGCUGCUUCGGUGUGGUCAGUAAGAAGGUCCCCAUGCAGAGGCUGGAGAGUUACAGCCGAAUCACCAGCAGCCAGUGUCCCCAGGAGGCUGUGAUUUUCAAGACUAAACUGAGCAAGGAGGUCUGUGCUGACACCAAGCAGAAAUGGGUCCGGGAGUCCAUGAAGCAUCUGGACCGAAAGUCCCAAAUGCUGAAGCCUUGAACCCUCAUACCUGGACUGAGAGACAGUCAGAGCCUGAGGAAAAUUCUCUUUAUUCUCCCCUGCCUUGCCUAGGUGCAGAGCGAUAUUAUUUUAUUACAAUAUCCAAAAAGAGGUACUUCGUUUAAUAAUUAAAGGAACAAUAUUCCUUAAAUUAUAUUUAAUUAUAUUUAAAUUAUUGAUGUUUUGACUGUACCUGCCAUAAAUCCUAAUGAAUGUGAAAUACAAAGUCCGGUGAUAUGUUUUCUCUUCUGUGAAAACAGUUAAGUUCAUGGCGUGAUGUCACUGUUUCUCCACACCUGUCCGUAGUGCUGUAAGACCCUCUGUGGGUCAUCAGAGGAAAACACGUCUGUAUUCUUAGGAAAUCAGGGCUCCUGUAUGUCAAAGGUGUACUGUGCAGUGUUGUUGUUGAAAUUAUUAUUAUUAGACGACUGUGGAAUUUUCUAAGAGAAAAAAUACA